AUGGUCCCUGGCUGCGCAAGGGCGUGCCAACUGCCCUUUGAAACCAUGGGUGCAGUCCAGACUGGGCUGCUUUGGCCAUUUAGGCAGAUGACUUGAGCCCUGCAGAAGACCGCAGGACGGCUCCUGAGAGGGACAGCUCUGCGUUCCAGGGGUUGUCAGCUGUGGGGCAGCCUGCUCCAGCUGGGCAUGGAACACCCCGGCUCACAGAAGCGGCCGCUGGGCGGCGCUGCCGAGGUCCAGAUGUGCCAAGCCAUACUGCCUUCCCAUGCCAACCACCUAGGUGAGCUGAGCGCAGGCCAGCUGCUCAAAUGGAUUGACACCACAGCCUGCCUAGCAGCUGAAAAACAUGCUGGUGUCUCCUGUGUAACAGCAUCAAUGGAUGACAUACAGUUUGAAGAGACAGCCAGGGUAGGCCAGAUCAUCAAUAUCAAAGCGAAAGUCAUCAGAGCAUUCAAAACCAGCAUGGAGAUCAGCAUUAAAGUCAUAGUACAAGAUACAUUCACCAGAACUCAGAAGCUUGUGAAUGUGGCAUUCUCUACGUUUGUAGCCAAACCAGUUGGAGGAGAAAAGGUUCAAUUAAAGCCAGUCACCCUUCUGACAGAACAAGAUCAAGUUGAACAUGAUCUGGCUUCAGAGAGAAGGAAAGUCAGACUCCAACAUGAGGACACCUUCCAGAGCCUGAUGAGGGAGAGCAGCAUGUUUGCUGAUGCCCUCUGUGACCAAGAAGACAGUAUGGUUUCAACCAGUGAUACCUGGGUACAGAGCAUUGAACUUGUCCUUCCGCCCCAUGCAAAUCAUCAUGGAAAUACAUUUGGGGGCCAGAUUAUGGCUUGGAUGGAGACAGUGGCUAACAUUUCAGCAAGCCGCCUUUGUUGCUCCCAUCCCAUUCUGAAGUCCGUGGAUAUGUUUAAGUUUCGGGGACCGUCUACUGUUGGUGAUCGGCUUGUCUUCAACUCCAUUGUCAACAAUACUUUUCAGGAAUGGGUUGAAGUGGGGGUCCGUGUUGAGGCAUACAACUGUGAGGAAUGGUCCAAAGGCCAAGGCCGCCAUAUCAACAGUGCUUUUCUCAUUUAUUAUGCUUUUGAUGAUAAUGAAGAACACAUCGUGUUCCCCAGAGUCAAGCCCAUUUCAGAGGAUGAUGUGAGAAGGUAUCGUGGGGCUAUUGCACGUAAGAGGAUACGACUUGGCAGGAAAUAUGUUGUUUCUCAUAAAGAAGACAUUCCACUUUGUGUUCACUGGGAUGAAAACAACCAGGUAUACUUGAGUCACAGCAAUGUGGAUGCUCUCAAAGCUCUGGAAGCCAAAAGUGGUUGGGAAGUCACCAGUGCUGUGGGAAAGGUCAAAAUGCAUACCUUGGAGGAGCAGGAUGUUUUGUCAGUCUGGGUAGAAAAGCAAGUAGAGAGAUCAGCUAACUUAGCUUUUGACCUGCUGUCUGACUUCACGAAGCGGCCUCAGUGGGACCCCCAUUUCUUGACUUGUGAUGUCAUAGACAGGGUGAGCGACAAUGACACAAUAUAUUAUAUAACCUGUCCAAAAGUGAGUAACAGUAAACCUAUAGAUUUGGUUGUCCUUGUAUCACGAAGAAAACCUGCCAAAGAUAGUAACACUUAUGUAGUAGCAGUCAAGUCCGUCACCCUGGCAUCUGUCCCACCUUCUCCUCAGUACAACAGAAGUGAGAUCACACGUGCGGGAUUCCUGAUACGGGCUGUUGACAGCAACUCCUGCACGGUCUCAUACCUGCAUCAAAUUUCUUCUAGCACCCUACCUUAUUUUGCUGGAAAUAUUGGUGGCUGGUCAAGAUCCAUUGAGGAAACAGCUGCUUCAUGUAUCCAAUUCAUAGAAGAAGCAACUAUUGACAGGUUCAUCAAAAAAUAAUAUUGUAAAGAGUUCAACUCUCAGUGGUCUGUUUAUAGACUAUCUGUUUUGUGGAUUAUUUACAAGUUUUUGAUCCCAAGCCCACUUUAAAAAAAAACCAAAAAACAAGUAAAAUGGAAUCAUGGAGAUGCUGAAGAAAAUCAUAAAAUUCAUUCUAAUACUUCAGGGAUCAAUGAUUUUGUGGGUGUGGGUCUUUUCUUCACCUCCAUCAAUUACAUCUGUCCCCACCUUACCAGAUGGUUUGAUGAAUUGCUGCGGCCAAGCCCCUAGUGAUGCGCCUCUCUAACCUUAGCUGUUCUGGACUUGAACAAGAUGCACCAUCUUUCCCUAGGUUCACAUGGAAAGACUUUACAGCUUGUGGAGACUGGUCAGAGCAUGGUCUCUGCUGACAUAGCCUUCGAAAACCUGAGAUCACUUCAGGGGCGCGAUGAAGCACCAGAGUGGCUCUUUACUGGAGUGUAUACUCCAAGGUCACGUUUGAUUGAAUGUUUAUUUGUACACCGUACUGGAUCCGCCGUGCCCCUGCUCUCUUUUGGUGGAGAGGAUAACUGAGAGUUGACUGUUAUUAGAAUUUUAUGUAUUAUGUAAAUUGAUAUGGAAGCAGAAAAGGUGCUCUUAAUUUUUUUUUAAGAAUUAAAUGGCCAAAAAAAAAAAAAAAAAGGAAAAAGAAAAAGAACUAAAUGGUCGUAAGAGUGUGACUGGUGUGAAAUUUACAUCUUUGGAGAACCUGAAAUGAAGAUUGGUUAGAAACUGAAUAGUUGAUUAAUAGGAUGACAUUGUUUCAUGGGAACAGCAGGUGCCUGUAUGUCAGAAGCAUCUGACAAGAUGUAUUACACUUUUAGAGCUUGAAAUUAGGAGGACAUUAAAACAUAAUGGAAUCCAAUCAAUUUCAGUAAUAGGAACUACUUACUGGUGUCAUUUAAUAUAUAUUCAAGGUGGCUGAUCAAUUUAGUAUCUAUUGCUAUAUAUACAUGCAAAGUACCUGCAAAAUGUGAUAUUGAGAGGUAAAAGAACAUUAAGAGAACUUUUUCAGAACUAUUACAUUAGCACUUUAUUCUUUGACAUUCAUCCUUCUACUCUAGCUAACCAUGAACUGGAUUGGUCCUAAAGGCAAAUCGGCCUCAUCCAGGUGAGCCUCCGAGUCUCUGGGGGAAUCUUUCUGAAGUCUAAAGAACCAUUUACCUGAGUUCUCCUGAGGUUUUUAGGAAGUCAGAAGCCUCUUAGCAUUCUGCCACUGCUGUCAACCCCUCCAAAUCUGCCACCCCCCCCCACCUUUCCAAUAUAAACUUGUUCUGAUUAUUUUUGACUUUCUGUCAGCAUCUCUAAAACAGGGCUUUUA